GCGAGCGGGAGAGAUUCCGGAGGGAGCAGGCGACGGAGCGCCAAACCCAGCCAGCACCAUGACCGAGACGACCAAGACCCACGUUAUCCUGCUGGCUUGCGGCAGCUUCAACCCCAUCACCAAGGGCCACAUUCAGAUGUUCGAAAGAGCCCGGGAUUAUCUGCACAAGACGGGAAGGUUUAUUGUCAUUGGUGGAAUUGUCUCACCUGUACAUGACUCCUAUGGGAAACAGGGUUUGGUCUCCAGCCGACAUCGUCUGACAAUGUGCCAGCUGGCUGUUCAGUCCUCCGAUUGGAUAAGGGUGGACCCCUGGGAAUGUUAUCAGGAUACUUGGCAGACCACCUGCAGUGUACUGGAACAUCACCGGGAUCUGAUGAAACGAGUUACUGGCUGCAUCCUUUCCAAUGUGAACACACCUUCCCUGACCCCGGUGAUUGGACAGCCCCAGAAUGAGACCCCACAGCCCAUCUAUCAGAACAGCCACCUUUCCAACAAGCCCACCGCAGCAAAGUUUUUGGGGAAGGUCGGAGAAAGCCUUAGCAGGAUUUGCUGUGUUCGCCCACCGAUGGAGCGUUUCACCUUUGUGGAUGAAAAUGCAAAUUUGGGAACAGUGAUGAGAUAUGAAGAGAUUGAACUCCGAAUCUUGCUGUUGUGUGGAAGCGACUUGCUGGAGUCCUUCUGUAUCCCAGGCCUAUGGAAUGAAGCUGAUAUGGAGGUGAUAGUUGGGGACUUUGGCAUUGUUGUUGUGCCACGAGAUGGUGCUGACACAGACCGGAUCAUGAACCACUCCUCAGUACUCCGCAAGUACAAAAACAAUAUCCUGGUUGUGAAGGACGACGUGAAUCACCCCAUGGCCAUUGUCAGUUCCACCAAAAGCAGACUGGCUCUUCAGCACGGCGACGGGCAUGUAGUGGAUUACCUGUGUCAGCCAGUCAUCGAUUACAUCCUCAAGGGUCAGCUCUACCUGAAUGCCUCUGGUUAAAGCUCCCCUGGCAUCGCAACAAAGCAGCCCUAUCGCUCCACUUUCCUGUGGUUGUCCAUCACAAUUCUCUCUUUCUCAUGCUCUUUUUUCUUUUUUCACUGCCUCUUGCGUGCAUCUGCCUGUUGCGCU